AUGCCACCUAAGAAGACAAAGCAAGCAGUCGCUCAGAUGGAAGCGAAGAUCGACGCCUUGGAGAACGAGCUCGCAGAAAUGCGAACGUCGUUAAUGGUGGUGACGCUCGCGGUGAAGGAUCUUCCUUCAUCGUUAGCCUUCAUGAUGGAGAAAUCCAUGGGUAAGAAGAUCCCUGAUGAAGGGGAAAGUGGAAACCGAAACUCAGAAGAUCCAUUCAGAGGCAGGACUCCGGAGGUGACCGGAGACAAAGGAGGGCCGUCGCGGCAACCCACACUGCAGGGUGAUGCACUGAAUGAGUUCCGACACUCCGUCAAGAAGGUGGAGCUACCGAUCUUUGAUGGGAAGGAUCCGGCGGGGUGGAUCUCGAGAGCCGAGGUUUACUUCAGGGUCCAAGAAACCUCUCCAGAAGUCAAGGUGAGCUUGGCACAAUUGAGCAUGGAGGGAACCACGAUUCAUUUUUACAAUUCGUUACUGGAAGCUGAGGAGGAUCUGACGUGGGAGAAAUUGCGUGACGCACUUCUGGAGCGUUACGGUGGCCAUGGAGAUGGUGACGUUUACAAGCAGUUAACGGAGCUCCGCCAAACGGGUUAUGUCGAGGAGUACAUAACUGAAUUCGAAUACCUCACGGCACAAAUCCCUAAGCUUCCUGAUAAGCAAUUUCAGGGCUAUUUUGUUCACGGCUUGAAGGAGGAGAUUCGAGGGAUAGUGAGGAGUCUGGCGGCGAUGGGAGGUGUGAGCAGAUCUAAGCUGUUGGUGGUGGCUCGAGCCGUCGAGAAGGAAGUGAAAGGCGAUUCCGGGUCGGGUUUUGCUAGGGGAAACCGGUAUGGUGGAGGUGCGGGGAAAACCGGAGGGAGCGGUUUUGGCAGUGGAUCGGGUCGGAGCGGAACCGAUUGGGUGUGGGUCCGUGGAAAUAAGGACUCGGGUACCCAAAAAACAAAAAGGUUUGUGUUUAAGUGUGGGGGCCCGUUUCACCCAAUGCAUCAUUGCCCAGAUAAGAACCUGAGAGUGCUGAUACUAGAAGACGACGAUGGGGAGCUCGAAGAAGGUAACAUUCUAGCUCUGGAAGUAGGGGAAGGGGAUGAUGAGUUAGAAGGUGAGCUGAGCCUCAUGUGCCUGAAGAAUCUUGUCGGCGGAGGGGAAAAGGAACAGCCCCGUACGAUGAAGCUUUUAGCCAUGGUGAAUGGAGUUCCGGUAAUAAUCUUAGUUGAUAGCGGAGCGUCGCAUAACUUCAUUGAUGCUCAAUUAGCUCGAAGAAUGGGAUGGGAAAUUGCGCAAACGCCUACAAUGACGGUGAAAAUGGGUGAUGGAUACCGGACACAAAUUCAAGGUUGUUGCCCACGAAUUGAAGUAUGUAUCGCAGAAGCAGGGUACAAAUUCAUUUGCAGCCCCCAUUUGUUUGAUCUUGGAGGUCCAGACAUUGUGUUAGGCAUUGAAUGGUUGAAAACACUUGGAGACACCAUUGUCAAUUGGCAGACACAGCACAUGAGUUUCUGGUGCGACCAUAAAUGGGUGAAGCUUCACGGUUUCAGAGCAGAGAACGAAACGUGCGGAGCCUUGCAGGGACUUCUUAAGUCUCCUUGGGAAAAGAAUCAGGGGGAACUGAGAGGAGGGGACAAGCACAAAAGUCCAGUAGACAAGAUGGGGAAUCUGACAAAUGAGCAGCAACGUGAACUGAAUCAAUUGCUGCGGGAUUCAGCUCAAGUUUUUCAGGAGAAACUGGGUUUACCUCCGGGAAGAGGCAGAGAGCAUCAAAUUCCUAUUAUGCAGGGCCAAGGACCGGUAAAUGUAAGACCUUAUCGAUACCCCCAUAUGCAGAAAGCUGAAAUUGAGAAACAGGUGCGCGAGAUGCUUGAUUCAGGGAUCAUACGACCCAGUACUAGUGCUUACUCAAGCCCAGUAAUCUUGGUCAAGAAGAAGGAUCAAACAUGGCGGAUGUGUGUGGAUUACCGCGCCCUCAAUAAGGUAACGAUUCCUGACAAAUUUCCUAUCCCAGUAAUUGAAGAGUUAUUGGAUGAAUUGCAUGGGGCAAGAUACUUCUCCAAGCUUGACCUCAAAUCCGGGUAUCAUCAAGUGCGAAUGAAGGUUGAGGAUAUUCAUAAGACCGCUUUCAGAACACACGAAGGGCAUUACGAGUACCUAGUAAUGCCAUUCGGGUUGAUGAAUGCGCCCUCUACCUUCCAAAGUCUUAUGAAUGAUGUUUUUCGUCCUAUGCUACGCAAGGGGGUGUUAGUCUUCUUCGAUGACAUUCUCGUUUACAGCAAGGAUUGGGAUUCUCACGUGGUACAACUGAAGCAGGUUUUGCAACAAUUAGAGCAACAGAGUCUCACUGCUAAUUUGAAGAAGUGCAAUUUUGGCCAAACAUCAGUAGAAUAUUUGGGUCACCUUAUUUCGGAAGCAGGGGUGGCUGUGGAUCCUAAUAAAGUCUCUAGUGUGCAGCAAUGGCCGGUUCCUAAGAAUGUUAAGGGGGUGCGUGGUUUCCUUGGAUUGACAGAGUAUUACCACAAGUUCAUCCGGGAUUAUGGGAAAAUUGCUAAACCACUUACUUAACUCACAAAGAAG